AUGGUCUUUACCGCUCGUCUGCUGACUUUCAGCCGUGGCUAUGCCACCCGCUCCAGCGGAUCUCGUCUCAAGCCUACGCUGAGUCUCGACCAGUUCAUUCAGAGAGGUCGAGUCUUGGCAUUCUACCGCACUAUUUUGCGCGGAACUAAAAAGAUUGGUAAUCCUCAAACAAGAGCUGAGUCUCGAAGAUACGCCCGUGAUGAAUUUGACCGACGUCGUAAUGUGACAGACUCUCCACCCAUGGAAAAGUCACACGUUCGAUAUCUCCUCUCAGUUGGCAAGACGGAAUGGGAAGGCAUGGAGAGGUAUAUCGAUGGCAUGUAG